GACACCUUAACCAUCCCCCGGCUCCCAGCAAGGCGAGCCUCGAACCUUCCAUCCCCUUCGCCUGCCGAGACGAGAGCAGCAGCAGCAGCCGCAGCUGACGGCAACGGCGCCGCCCGCCUGCGCCCUCCCAAUGAUGCGGCCGCCGCGGCGAGGCAGCGCCCUCGCGGGCCUGGCUCUCGCGCUCGCGCUCGCCGCCGCCUUUCUGGCGCGGGUUGCCGACGCGUCCAUCCACGAGUACGCCGGAGGCGGCUUCGCGCCGCGGGCCAACUCCUUCUUCUUCCACGGCGGCAGCGAGGGGCUCUACGCCUCCGACCCCUCGUCCAACUCCUCUGCAUCUUUCAUCAGGUUUGACACUGUCAUAUUUCGACGGACCCAGGAGUCAGCAUCUAGGCAUGAAGACAUGCAGCAAAAGACAGGAUUAGUGGAGGCUAUAAUUGUUGAAAUACAAGACAGGGACAAAAUUGGGGGUUCGUACCUGCACUCUGAUGCUAUAUGCUGCACCCCUGAGCUUGACAAGGAGAAGUCUUGUAAAGUAGGUCAAGUAAUUAUACGGCCGAAUUCUGAUAAUCCUGACUGGCCUAAAAGGAUCCAGACAUUCUUUGAUGGUAAAAGUGAAGAAACUUCCAUGCUAACUCAAACUGUAUCGAUAAACAAAACAGGGAUGUACUACCUCUACUUUAUGUUCUGCGAUCCUCAACUUAAGGGAUUGAAGAUUACAGGCAGGACUGUUUGGCGAAAUCCACAUGGUUAUCUCCCUGGUAAAAUUGCGCCAAUGAUGACAUUUUAUGGUUUCAUGUCACUUGCAUAUCUUGCACUUGGACUUCUAUGGUUUAUUCAGUUUGUGCGAUGCUGGAAGGAUAUUUUGCAGCUGCACUACCAUAUAACAGCUGUUAUUGCUCUUGGCAUGUGCGAAAUGGCAUUCUGGUAUUUUGAGUAUGCUAACUUCAAUUCAACUGGAACCAGACCUAUGGGCAUUACCUUGUGGGCAGUUACAUUCACUGCUGUGAAGAAGACGCUAUCUCGUCUUCUUCUAUUAGUAGUUUCAAUGGGCUAUGGUGUUGUUCUACCCACAUUGGGUGGGAUUACAUCUAGAGUUGCUGCUCUUGGUCUCAUCUAUUUUGUUGCUUCAGAAGCUCUUGAACUUGUUGAAAAUCUGGGAAAUAUCAAUGACUUCUCUGGAAAAACAAGGUUAUUCCUAGUGUUGCCUGUUGCGAUACUUGAUGCUACCUUCAUCAUCUGGAUAUUUUCAUCCCUCUCUAGAACUUUAGAGAAGCUGCAGCUGCGGAGAAGCAUGGCAAAACUUGAACUAUAUCGGAAGUUUACAAAUUCUCUAGCUGUGUCAGUACUUAUCUCAAUCGCUUGGAUUGGCUAUGAGCUAUAUUUCAAUGCAACUGAUCCAUUGAGUGAGCUUUGGAGAAGGGCUUGGAUCAUCCCUGCCUUUUGGAAUGUCCUCUCCUAUGCCCUCCUCGUCAUCAUAUGCAUCCUUUGGUCCCCGUCUCGUAAUCCAACAGGAUUCGCAUAUUCAGAGGAUGCGGGCGAUGGGGCUGAUGAGGAAGGGCUUUCUCUAGUAGGCAGUGCCGUGAAAGGAACUGGAGAUAUGGUAAACUUGCAUGCCUUUCCAGAGGAUAAACGUGCAUGACAAGUUAUUGCCUUGAAUGCAGCUGUACUCCUGGUGGAAUGCUGUGUGAAGUACCGUUUCCCUCUGGAUUCACGGCUAGAUGACGUCUUCUAAAGCUUGCGUAAGAUUCCAGAUGUACAGGUGGUGACUUGUGUUGAAAGAUUUGACUAAGAGAUUUUUACUUGUCCAGUUGUGACUACUCAAUACAAAAGGCCGGCGCAAUAAACUAUCACUUUGAGAGCAUACGAGGGUUAGUCUUUGUAAUCCUUGUGGUCUCGUGGUGACGUGUAGAAUUUUAGAAACGUACCUUUGUUAAACUUGAACUCCAUCCCCACUUAGCAUGGAUCUAAUGAUACACUAGCCAUUGCCUAUGCUUCGAUUAUGGGGUUCAUGCUUUGCCUGUUCUGAAUCUGUAUAAUAUGCUGAACCCUGAGUUUGUAAAUCCAGCUAGCCUACCUUCCUUGAUCCCUUCA